UGUUGCGAUUGUGUCAAACUGUGCGAAAAAACGUACGAAGAGGACAUUUCUUCAACAAAAGAGAAGAACGAGUGACGACAUCAACUACUGGACGCUGUUUUCAAAAAACAUCAAGUUUCUUGAAAACACAGAACCGACAUCGAAACCAGCAGAGGUGCUAACCACAUAUUGUGUGUAUGUGCGUUCUGAUCACUCAUUGCAGGUUGAAGACCAUAAAGACGAACCUGAGUCCUCACAGCUUCAUCAAAGUCCAAGCGUCUGUGAAGAACAUCCUCUCCCUGAGCGGCACGAGUGGAGCUUUAGAAUGGAGCAGGAGGAGCCACAAACCCCCUACAUUAAAGAGGAAGAGGAGGCGCCACAGCCCCCUCACAUAAAAGAUGAAGAGGCGGAACACCGCAUCAGGAGGAAGGGAGAGAGGCUUGAAGUGUUGGAGGAGGUCCCAGUGAUUGGUAAGAUUGAAUUGAAUAAGAUUAAAGGUGAAAGUGAGGAGAAGAGAGAGGUGGAGCCUCCAAACAGCAGCUCAACUCAACACAUGACAACAGAAGCUGAUGGAGACCACUGUGCAGGAUCACAAGUCGACAAGAUCUUCGCUCCACUAUCAGAUAGUGACGACAUUGAUGAUGAAGACUCUGAUGCUGAUAAGACAUGUCACACUGACAACACACACUUAAAAUGUUCUCACUGUGGCAAAACUUUUAAUCGGCAUUCUCAUCUAAAAGUACACAUGAGAAUACACACUGGAGAAAAACCUUUUAACUGUUUAAUUUGCGGUAAAGCUUUUUCACAAAGUCAAACCUUGAAAAUACACAUGAGAAUACACACUGGAGAAAAACCGUUUACCUGUUCAAUCUGCGGUAAAGGUUUCGUACAAAGACAACAAUUGAAAGUGCACAUGCGAACACACACUGGAGAAAAACCUUUUACUUGUUCAAUCUGUGGUAAAUGUUUUGUACAAAGACACUAUUUAAAAUUACACAUGAGAAAACACACCGGAGAAAAACCUUUCUCUUGUUCAAUCUGUGGUAAAAGCUUUAUAAAAAGUCCCAGUUUGAAAGUACACAUGAGAAUACACACUGGAGAAAAACCUUUUAACUGUGCAAUCUGCGGUAAAGCUUUUUCUCAAAGUCAAAUAUUGAAAGUACACAUGAGAAUACACACUGGAGAAAAACCUUUUACCUGUCAAAUCUGCGGUCAAGGCUUAGUACAAAGGCACCAUUUGACAGUGCACAUGAGAAAACACAAUAGUGAAAAAACGGAUUCCUGUUCAAUCUGCAACAAAAGCUUUGCUGACCGAUCAACUCUUGUAAAACACAUGAGAAUACACACCGGUGAGAAAGUGUUUAGUUGCAGUGUGUGUAAUGAAAGUUUCGCUUAUAAGUACCAGUGUAGGAAACACAAGUGUGCUGGUGAGAACAGCAGCAGCCAAUGAAGCUGCAGGAUUUUCAAUAAACUGUCAACUUUUUGUUAACGCUGACUCUCCAACAUCAGCACAUAUAACAUGUAAGACAUCAUAGUUUGUGUAACACAAUCUAGUUUAUAUGCUUUUUACCUCUUAUAGAUUAGAUCAGAGGUUUUUCCAAACUUUUUUCACCAAGUACCACCUCAGAAAACACUUGGCUCUCCAAGUACCACCAUAAUGACCAAUAUUAAAUUAAAGCAGCAUAGUAGGCCUAAGUAUUCCUUACAAACAAGCAGACGUUUUAUUUAACAAUUAUAUUUAAAAUUUUUGGCCACUGUAACAUUACACAGUUUGAACAGUAACUGUUCGAAUAUAGGGGGGAAAAAAGACGUGAUUAGGCGUACCACCAAGUGGUACAUGUACCACAGUUUGAGCUUUUGAAAUAAUGAAAUGUCACAUAUUUUCAUUUCCACCGCAACCCCGAAAGGGGCAAGCGGUAGGAAAUAGAUGCAUGGAUGGAUAGUUUCAUUUCUAAUUGUAAAGGAUUUCAUAUAUGAACUCAUUUAUAUGAUACAUAUUUUACAUUUGUUCAUACCUUUGCUUUAGAGUGCACAUAAAUCUCUUAGUUAAUAUUUACUGGUCCACAUCUGAAACGUUUUCUGAACCAGAUCUGGAAGCAUCUUAUUUACUUAAUACAUCAUUUAAUCGUUUACAUUUAAAAUGUGCGCUUAUCUUAAUCAUUUGUUGGGUCUCGAUAAUCCAUUCUAGUAAUUAUCGUGAUUACUCUCAUUUAUGAUAUGAAUAUUGUUUUGUGAUUGUUUUAUAUGUAUGUCCCCAGUCCUUUGUACAAUACGUAAUGUAUGCUUCAACAAAAGUUGAGUUCAAUAAAUGUAGUCAAUAUUUCUUGAGUAUGUAUUUUGUUGUAUUUAAUAUUGCAGUCAUUUUUGAUAUGUUGUAUGAUCUUGAUGCAGUUCCCAACUCAGUUUUUCAGCUAUAAUAAAUCCUGAUAUAUUUAGUUUUAUUGAAGUUUAGUGACAUAUCAUUGAUGUCCAGCCAUCUUUUUAUGGCAAAGUUCUCUCUUUGUAAAUUAAGAUUAGAGCUAAAUCAAGCAGUAAUAAAGAUGAAAAACUGAAAGUUAUCAUAUACAUAAUUAUAUAUAAGUACACUUGAUACCAACAUUUCAAGUCUUGCGACAAAUGUAGCAACUUUUGGGGGAUGUUUUGGAGACAUGAAAGAACGUAUCACACUGCAGUUGACAGUACAGAAGUCCCAGCUGCAGUCAGAGCAGAGAGAAGAGCAACAUUAGUUGUGCAUCGUUCAUGUUAAUGAGCCUGUCAGUAGAUCAAGUUAGUCAAAUUCCUUGUGUGUUAAAAACAUACUUGGCAAAUAAAGCUGAUUCUGAUUAAUAUUUGAGUGUUCUGCGCAUUUGAUGUGGACUCUUACUGACACCUUGUGGCGAGGUUAGGAAUUUUUGGAUAUUGGAAAAGAAU